AUGCGUUGGCCUCAAGUUCCCUCCUGCUUGCAAGGGCUCUUCCCGGAAGUUCUCAAUACCAUUGCCAAGGUCUCGCUGCAGGAGCGCAUCGUCUCCGGGCAGAAGGCAAUCCAGAAUGAAUAUCCGUACAAAACCCGAGAGUCCAUGGCCCAUAUGACCGACCGCGAUGCAUGGGCUAUCCAGAAGACAAUGAUGCAGACAGAAUACCCCUUCAUCGUGAUCAAAUCACUCCAGUUCGCCCUUUUCCGAAGCCAGACAUACGGCAUCCCAACCAUCUCCACCCUGCUGCUCCGCACAUCCCAAUUCUCCGACUCCGCCACCUCAUUCAAGCGCUAUGCUGACACAGGCACCCUCAUUGGCGAGUUCAUGGCCUUCGAGCCCAGUUCCGAACGCGCCCAAACCGCCAUCGCCCGCACCAAAUUCCUCCACAAAGGCUACCGCGCCAGCGGCAAGAUCCUGGAGGAUGACAUGCUGUACACGCUCAGCCUGUUCGCCACAGAGCCGAUCCGCUUCGUGCAGCUGUACGAGUGGCGCGCGAUGACAGAGCUGGAGCGCUGCGCCGUCGGCACAUACUGGAAGAGCCUCGGCGACGCCUUAGACAUCAGCUACGCGAAGCUCCCAUCCGGCCAGACCGGCUUCCGCGACGGAAUCCACUGGCUGGAGGAACUCGGGGACUGGAGCCGGCAGUACGAGGAGGCGCACAUGCGCCCGAACCCGCGGAACAAGGAGAUCGCCGACAGAACGAUCGACGUGCUCGUGUACAACCUGCCGAGCUGUCUCAAGCCCCUCGGCGUGCACUUCACGGCGCAUCUCAUGGACGAGCGACUCCGCCGCGCGAUGAUGAUGGAGCGCCCGCCGGUUGUGCUGGCGGCGCUGUUCGCGACGGCGCUCCAGGUGCGGAGGCUGGUACUUCGGUAUUUGGCGCUCCCCGGGCCGAAUUGCAUGCGGCUGGAUGUGUUUACGGAGACACCUAAUCGCCAUGGGCGGCACCAUGUGCGGAUCUGGGAGGGCGCGCCGUUCUAUGUGGCGCCGACGGCUUGGAAUCGCUGGGGCCCGACGGCGUGGGUGAUGUGGUUGCUGGGACAGCCACUGCCGGGCGAUGAGGGGGACAAGUAUUACCCCCAGGGGUAUUAUACGCCUGAUCUGGGCCCGAAAUACUUUGAGGGUAAAGGGCGGAAAGACUUGGAGGAGAUCAUGGAGAGUCUUCGGCGGCAACGGACGGGCAAAUGCCCAUUUCCAUGA